AUGUCUGACUCUGAAAGCUACAACUCAACAUCAGCUGACCAGGCUGCUCCUCCCCAGCGCCCUGACUAUGUCUUGAACGACCAUAGACAGCAAAGGGAGAACUUGCCUCCUCCAGAUGAGGAGCCCUCCAUGCCUUCUGCUGGCUUUGCUUCAACCAGCACUGGCCAGCCUCCAAAUGCGAGGCCUAGACGGAACUAUGAGAUUCCUAGAGUCCGCCGCAACACUCGUUCUCAGUCGGUGAGCGAGGCGGUUUCGGCUGAAGAUGCUGCUUACUUGAUGAGAAGAUCAAGCAGACACUCACGCAGCUCUUUGGAGAGACAAGAUGCUCUCAACCCCUUGGGUAGACAACGUACCAAUGAUACGUUUGCUUCGGACCUCCACCCUCCUCAGUUCACUAAGCGUGAAAGAAGACCUUCCAAGGGCUCUGUCGAUAGCGAUGCUGACUCUCACGCUUCCAGAACUUCUCAGGAGACUGAAGAGGAUGUCUGUUUCCCUAUGUUGCGUGAGCAUGUGCGUGUCAACGGUAUUGACUUUGAUGAGAUUGAAGAAUUCAUCAAGGAAGAGCGUGAAAACGCUGAACAACUUAGACAGCAGGAGAGAAUGAUUGCUCAGAACUUUGGCUGGGACCCCCAGGCAUCAGUCGGAAGAUCUACCGGAAACUCUUUUUCCGAGAGACCUUUGAGCAAGAAUGCUACAAAGUACACACCUAAGCACAUUCUUAACAAGAUGAGAAAUGGUGAGCUGCCAGAGAACUCUGACAAGGGUGCUUCCGUCCAAGGUAUCACUACCGACAAGGGCAGACACGGCUCUGAGUCUUCUGACUCUGCUCUUUACGAGAAGAACGCUCCUGAAGAUGACGAGUCUUUUGUCGUGAAGUUUGGCGGUGCAAAGAUCAACGAGGAUGGUGAUGUAGGCUUGCCCGAACGUUACUCCUUCUUCCAUUCGGACAAUGAGGAGACUGUGCAUGCCCCAGAUAUUCCUUCUUUGGUUGCUCCAGGCCAGACCGUCCAGGAGUUGUUUAAGAACGGUGAUGGUACUUGGUGGUUGGAUGUUACUUGUCCAACUGAUGCCGAGGUGAAGACCUUGGCUAAAGCCUUUGGAAUCCAUCCUUUGACCGCUGAGGAUAUUAGAAUGCAAGAGACUCGUGAGAAGGUCGAGUUGUUCCGCAGCUACUACUUUGUUUGUUUCCACACUUUUGAGCCAGAUAAGGAAUCUGAGGACUACUUGGAGCCAAUCAACUUCUAUAUCGUUGUAUUCAAGGAGGGUGUGUUGACUUUCCACUUUGCUCCCGUUCCUCAUCCUGCUAAUGUGAGAAGAAGAGUUAGACAAUUGAGAGAAUAUGUUGAUGUGAAUGCUGACUGGCUCUGUUACGCCAUGAUCGAUGACAUCACUGAUGGUUUCGCUCCAGUCAUCAUGGGUAUUGAAUACGAGGCCGAUGCAAUCGAAGACUCGGUUUUGACUGCUCGUGAGAUGAACUUUAGUUCCAUGUUGCGUAAGAUUGGUGAAGCUAGAAGAAAGGUCAUGACUUUGAUGCGUCUUCUUUCUAACAAGGCUGAUGUUAUCAAGAUGUUUGCUAAGAGAUGUCAAGAUGAGAACUACUAUGGUCCACGCACCUACGAAGAUUUCAGUCCACCACCAAAGUCUGGCAACGAGUCCGCUCAUCACUCUGAUUUCAACCAGCAAAGAGGAAAGGUCGCUCAGCCAAGAGCCGACAUUGCUUUGUACUUGGGUGAUAUUCAAGAUCACGUUCUUACCAUGUAUCAGAACUUGGGAGCCUAUGAGAAGAUUUUUAGCAGAUCGCACUCUAACUACUUGGCUCAAUUGCAGGUGGAGUCUUUCAACGCUAACUUGAGAGUCACAGAGAUUUUGGGAGGUGUUACUUUGCUUGGUACUUUGAUCUUGCCAAUGAACUCGGUGUUCUCUGCAUUUGGUAUGAACGUUGAAGUUCCAGGACAAGGCGCCACAGGUGUCAACUGGUUCUUUGCUAUCAUUGGUGUUCUGUUGGCUGUCGUGAUUUCUAUGCUUUGCUUCGUCAGAUUCUAUUUGAAGUCUCGUGAGAGACUGAUCAUCAAGCAGGAGGACGAAAAGAGAUCCAUUAGAAGCUUGGGUAUGAAGAUCAAGUCCAGAUCUAGAGAUGCUGCUAAGUCUAUUAUCAGUUUCCCUAAGGGCUACGAUUGA